AUGCUCUUCGCUCAUAUUCUCGCUGUAGCGAUCCCGUGUAUUGUUUCCCUGGUUGCUGCUUUGCAUCUGAGUCGCAGACGCAUCUACCCUUUGCCUCUGCCGCCUGGCCCUCGUCCAUUACCAUUCUUGGGUAACGCGCUCCAGUUGGACGCUAAACGACCUUGGCUCACAUAUACUGCGUGGGGAAAGACAUAUGGAAAAAUUAUUCACUCCCGCAUCCUUGGGAUCGACUUGGUUGUCAUCAACUCCGAAAAUAUUGCACGGGAGUUGUUAGACAAGCGAUCUGCAAUUUACUCGGAUCGCCCCGUCAUUCGCACCAAUGAAUUAGCUGGACUGGCUUUCAAUACUGCGCUCCUUCCAUAUGGCGAGACUUUGCGACGACAUCGCAAGAUAUUCCAUCAAGUUCUCAGGGCCGAAGCCUCUGUUUCAUACCACGGGAUGUACUCUCGCCACGCGAAUGAACUGGUCGUCAAUCUUUUGGAUGCCACCAGUGACAUGCAGAAACACACUGAAGUAUACACGGGAUCCCUAAUCAUGGCUGUAACAUACGGGCACACUGCUCGCGGACACGAUGACCCAUUCCUUGCCCGCGCGCAUGAACUCGUUGAUAUCGCCAAACAUAUUCUUUCCCCCGAGAGGGCCGCCAUCUUCGCAGCCUUUCCUUUCCUCGAAAAGUUGCCAAUUUGGUGCUUUGGUGGAGCUUAUGCCCUGAUGGGACGCAGUAGAGAAUUAUGUCAGCAGCUCUUGAACGAGCCCUUUGAUGAGGUGAAGACGCAGAUGGCAAAUGGUAUCGCUUCACAUUCAUUAGUCGCCGACUUCCUCGGUCAAUGUGACGACGACGCUGAGGAAGACACGAUGAAGGCUGUUGCGUUAAUGGCAUACAUAGGCGGUAUAGACACGUCUACAUCCACAUUGCAGAUAUUCCUGCUGGCUAUGGUUCUCUAUCCUGACGUCCAAGCCCGAGCCCGUGCAGAGAUAAAUCAAGUCGUGGGGCAUGAUAAAAUGCCAUGUAUUGAUGAUAGAGCGUCACUACCCUACCUUGAUGCCGUUCUCCGUGAGGUUCUGAGAUGGUGUCCUCCCAUACCCCUAGGAAUGGCACAUGCAACAUUAAAUGAUGAUGUUUAUGGCGGGUACUUUAUCCCCAAAGGUACGGUCGUAAUGGUUAAUCAGUGGGCGCUGUCCCGGGACGAAGACACGUAUCCCGACGCAGCGCGCUUCGAUCCUGAUCGCCAUCUGACAGCUGACGGGCAGCUGAAGGACAAUUUUGUCAAUCAUUUUGCGUUUGGUCAUGGCAGGCGCAUUUGUCCAGGUCGUUGGUUUGUAGAGAACAGUCUAUGGACUGCAAUGGCUGCUAUACUCGCUGUCUUGCGCAUCGAUCAUGCCAGGGACUCAAAUGGAGACAAGGUUGAGGUGAAACCGGAAGUCACAACCGGCAUGGUGAUGUGAGUGACUUGGAUGUACGUGCGAGAAACCUGCAGCUAACUUUGAGUUCAAAGUCACCCGCAGCCUUUCCUGUGCUCGUUUGAAAGCGUGAAUACUACGCGAGAAGGGCAGCUUCGAGAAACAAUGAAUUUGAAGUAGCAUACAGUUGUUUGCACUUGGUGGUAUUCCUUGGGGUGUUUUCGGUAUGUACAUAUGUAUAAUUGACCAGCGGCACAGCGUGAGCUCAGCGCUGGGGUUUUGUGGUCUCUGCGUUCUUGAUAUUGGAAGAGAAUUGUUUUUAUUGAG